UUAAAAUGGCUGGUUCAUGCUCACCGUUGUGGCAGGCAGAUGAAGAAGAAGAUCGCGACACCGAGGCUCCAAGAACUAUGGAAGGUGACCUGAUCUACUCAACUGAAGAUAUCGCCCCGUCUGACACCAGCACAACUGAUGUCAAGUACAAGAGAAACGUGUGGUUCAGCGCGGGGCUCUCGGUUAUCCUCUUGGCAUCUAUCAUCGCCGCGGUGAAUUUUUUGCCAAUUUACGAAGACAAUGAAGAGCCUACAGCUUCACGUGAAGUUACCACGGGAAGCAUCGUGGUUUUUGGAUCCGGCGGCCACAUAGCAGAACUUCCCGCGGUCAACUCGUUUCCACCAUCUGUGAAGUCUAGGGAAGCCAUGGCGCUCGAGAAGAAUGGCCAGAGGGUAAGAGCGGGCAGCGGCGACACCUCGGCCGAAGACGACGCGGACGAGUCGGUCCCGUCGCACACGCUGGCCAAGUCGAGCAGUACGCUGGCCGUGCCGCUGCCGGGUGAGGAGAACCCGCCUGUCGAGCUCGACAAGCGCGUGCUGCCCACGGCCCGCGUCACAGCCACCGGCGACUCGCACCACGCUGUCAGGAAGGCGCACACUGUCCCCAAGCACAGGCACAUGACGCAUAAUCGGCAAGCCAGCCGCAACGUGGAACUCAGCAAACCGCCGACGGUCUUCAAGAACGCGACCGGUGCCACGACCAAGAACACUCGAAUCCUGGCAUGCUUUAUAUCUGGCGAUACCCCGACAAGCAUGGACGCUUUGCCACCACCCGGAAUUUGUGAUUACCUCAUCUAUACGCGCGUCGGCUAUGCCAGAGGCCGCCUUCGUUUCGCCUACCCGUCCACGUUCAAGAAGUUUCGCGAGCAGGCUCGCGUCGCCCAGUCGACCAGCGUUCGCAGUGGCUGGGGCGUUGCGCUGAACGCGGCCGAAGCGAUGUCGGGCCAGAGCGGCGUCUGGGGCGAGCACCGGCAAGAGUUCGGGCUGCAAGUGCACCGGCUGCUCGUCGCCUACGGCAUCUCCUGUUUUGGCCUCGCCGACGUCCACACCACGGCGGCCGACUUCAUCGAUACUGCCAACGACUACCUGGACUUCUAUAAGAGCUUCCGCGGCAUACUUGAGAAGUUUCCAGUUCCUUUAGGGCCAAAGCCGACCUUGUUUUUCGGCAUGCGUGUCCUCGGCAUGUUCUAUUCCAACCGGGAUGCCUUCCGGGACAGAGUCGGCAACGUCCUGCAGUUUGUUGAUAUCUUCAUCUAUCAAACGCACGUUUCCAGGAUUACGAAGAUGUGCGUCAGCGUUUUUCCAUCCAACAGAUACUACCCAGGAAUCGACGAUCAAGACUCAUUCGACGACGCUUUACGGACGCUCACACCUCCACUUGUGUAUAGAGACGACUUCCACUUGCUCUUGUCCAUAAGCUUGAGCCUUUUAAGAUUCAGCAUGAAAGGGCCUGAUAUUGAAGAAAUCCGAAGGCCCUGCAAGAGCAUGGUGUCCUUGCCUUUCAAGGUGUACUGUAAUACCACUGGAUUCAGCGAGGACUCGGAAGACGAGCUCCAGAUUGGUGUCUAUCGUUUCAACGAGCGGAGAUCUUUGGUGGACACGUUUGAAACUCCAGACGUGAUUGAAUUCAAGAUGAACGACGUGAUGCGAGAGUACCAGGUCAACGGCUUGGAUAUCGGUUUUGCUGCCUUCUACUUGGAACACGAGGACUACCGUGGCGAAUGCGGAAACAGCUUUGCCAGGCUCCGAAUGAUGUCCAAGUGUCUGCGAAACUUCGUAUAACAAAAAUAUCACAAAGUCAAAACAGGUAGAUCUAUAAAAGCAAAUGAC